AUGAUAAAUUUUAUAGAGGUCAUCGUGACAAGUCUUGCCAGGGUGUUACAAAAACUAAGACCCUCAAAAACGAAGACUAAAACCGUUGGCAAACAUUCUCACCUGACAGUAGUCCCUGCCAAAAUGAAGGUUCCAGCAUUUAAUGACACCAUGGAAGAUAAAAGGAAGAAAAGGAAAUCUAAAACAGGGGAGCUGUUUAAACAGAGAUUUAGAAGAACUUUUGCCAUGCUUUUGGAAGAGGCACAACAGGAAGCUGAAGCUGGGGAACCAUCCUACAACUCAGCCAAUGUACCUCCAUCAAAGUUUCCAGAACGGCACUUCUGCUCUGUCUGUGGAUAUCCUUUAUUUCAGAAUUUAUUUCACAAUUAAUAGUUAAUAAAUAAACCCCUUCUGGCGCCUGGUGUGUCGGCUGAUAAUGUCUGCAGCUGAGAUAUUGUCCGAAAAAUGAAUAUUUGGCUGAGAAGUGAAGCUUUGAGGGCAAAUGUGACAUUUUGAGGACAAUCUCUCAGCCAAGGACAUUAUCAGCCAACAUACCAGUGAGCCAGAAAGGGGUUCAUUUAUUUUAUAACCCUCCCACUUUUGUGCUAAUCAGAACAGCAUUGGCGACCAUUUUUUUGUAAAAAAAUAUGUCAUAAUCAGCGGAUUCCACGCAAAGAGUUUGUUUUUCUUCUAUGAAGAGUAAUAAAGAUGAAAAGGUGAAAUUCUAGAGCUGGAUUGAUUCUUUUUAGCUUUGUUUCUUUUCGACAGAAACAGUCGCAGGGCAAUUAUCGACCCAGGCGGAGGUUAUUGCGUGAUAACUGCCCAGUAAUUUUGCACCACGUGACGUAAAGUAGCCAAUAGAAUUGCGCGAAACUUAAGCGUGGGUUAUAAUUAAUGGUAACAACAAUGAUUUGUUGUACUUUUGGUAGCUAUUUGCAUAUGUUAUUCUUCCCAAUCAGUGAUAUUUCCAGAGUCACUUUGUGUGCUCUUACACAACAAAUGUGAUUUCAGCUAUACUUUUCUGGUGCUGCAAUCCUCAGAGACCCAGUGGCUGUUAGUUGCGGCCGGACGCAGUAAAUGUAAAACAGAAAUCAAAGCACCUCGAUUUUUGCCAUAUUUACUUGAUCCCACCCUGAUUAAUUACCCCUUGGUCUCCGAAGAUGUGGCAUUUCUUGAUUUUAUU